AUGCAGUCGCGGGAGGAGCGGCAGGCGUGGAUCGACGCCAAGGUCCUCGAGCGCGGCCGACAAAAGGCCAAGGAGGCCCAGAUCGCAGCGGACGCGCUUGAAGUCACCAAAGACAAGCUCUGGAGUCCGUUCGCCUCGGCGUGUUUGCUCCACAAUGAGCUCAAUAUAUCGUGGAGAGGCGACAUUGACUUUUUCCGCUGGGACCGCGUCUUCGGCUUCCACGAGCUCGUCGCCGUGCGCAUCACGGGCUACGCGCUCACCGAGUUGCCGCUGGAGCUUGCCACGUCCCUGCCGCUCCUCGAAUGUCUCUCGCUCAUUGCCAACGCCCUCGAGUCGCUGCCCGAAAAUGCACGUGUUUUGCUUAUUGGGCUUCUGGUGCACCUCACCGACAUUGACGUGACCAAGAACCAGCUCCGGCGUCUCCCAGAUUCGAUUUGCGACCUCGACCGCCUCACGUCACUCAACCUGAGCAACAACCAGCUCCAAGAGCUCCCGGCCAACUUUGGCCGCCUCGUCCGGCUGCAAAAGGUGUGGGCCGAGAAGAACCAGCUGACAUCGACGCCGGUGACGUUUGGCCAACUCCGGAGCACCGUCGUGAACCUUAGCUGCAACGCCUUUGUACACUGGGAUCUGGCGCUGCCUGAGUUCAACAACCUGACGACGCUCUCGAUCAACUUUAACCACCUCAAGGGGCUUCCCGCGACGAUCUGCGGCCUGCCGUCUCUUACUUCGCUCUCGGCAGCGAACAACGCCAUCACGUUACUACCCGACGCCUUUGGGCUCCUCCCAAAGCUGCGCUGUUUACGCCUCGACUGGAAUCACAUCCGGGAGCUGCCGUUUUCAUUCCGGCAUCUGAGCUCGCUUCAGGAGAUUCACAUGGAGCACAACCCGAUGGUGUCGCCGCCGCUCGACGUCAUAUACGAAGGGCCAUCUGCCGUUGUUGCGUUUGUCCUCAAGCAGUACCUGGCGUGGCUUCGCAUGGAGCGCCGACAGAUCGUCGAGCAACUCGCGGCCGCCUUGAGCUACGUCGAGGCACACAAAGAGCAGAACCAGUGGACCGACUUUGCUGCGUACAUCGAGCCAGGUGUCCAUAGGACGUUUCAAGGCACGAAGCUCGAGUUCUUUGCCGUCGUCCUACCGGCCUUUGCGAGCGACAUUUUACCGGCUCUUCGCCCCCUCAUGGACGCGCAGCACCACCCCGAGGUGCCCAAAGCUUUCUUCGAGCGCAGCCUCGAUGACAUCAUCGACGCGCUCACCUACUACGACGACGAGUACAGCACCGCGGGCCUCGUUAACGAGACGGCGCGCUUCCGCAAAUGCAUGUGCGCCGACGCGGCGACGGGUGUCCGCACGCCGUGCGCUCUGCUCUCGCUCGGGUACGCGUGCGAGCGCAACGCGUGCCUCGUGCGCGUCAAGAUGGUGACGACCGAGGAGUACAAGGAAAUGCAGGGCGACACGUACCUCAAUUCUCGGCGCGAGCGCCUCAGCAACGCCAUGAAGCGCAAAUGCGUCGCCUUUAUCAACUCAGAAGAAGGCAUUGUAUUUUUCGAAAAGACGGCCGAAGAGCAGGGAAAGCAGUGGAUGGCGAACCUGGCGCGCGCGAUCGCAGAUGCCAAAGCCAAUGUCAAAGCCGAGAAGAACCGCGUCCAGGCGCGCAAGAAGACCGCCGCCAAACUCCAAACGGUCACCAAGAAAACUCAAAAACACCACGCGACGCUUCGCAAGUCGAUUGCCAAGUGGGAGGCAGACCUCGCGACGCUGGCCGAUGCAACCAAGCGCACGCUGAAGCGCGACCAGCUCGCCAAGCUCAAGGACCGUCAAAAGGAGCUCGAAGGCCGCCUUGAGAAAGCUCGAAAAGAACUCCACCAAGAGGACCCAACGGCGCGCAAGCUCCAAGCGAAGCUGCGGCAGUUAGAGGACCCGUCCGCCCACGUCGACGAGGACGGCGAUGAGCAGGACGGCUCGCGUGGUGACGACAGCGAUGACGUCAGUGGCGAAGACGAGGACGAGGACGACGAUGACGACGAUGACAGUGAUGACAGUGAUGACAGUGAUGACAGUGAUGACAGUGAUGACGACGACGACGACGCAACGUCAGAGGACGAGAGUGACAGCGAGAGUGAACAAGGCGAGACAAAAAGUGUCUUUGAUGCGCUGGGCGAGAUCCCCGGCCUCGAACCCUGUGUCGACUGGAUCCAAGACGCCACCGACAAAGUCAACGCCAUCAUGGCUGCCCGACCGCCCAAGGACAAGCCGUACCUCGAAGACGUCAUCGCGCUCUUCCACGAAGAGCUGCGCCACACUUAUGUCCGCGAAAAAACGACCCGCGUCCGCAACAAGGUCACGACCGAGUUUUUUCAAAUGAAAUACGUGCUCCGGCGCUGGAUGGGCCACGGCCACCGCGUGCUCUUUGUCGCGUGGCGCGACUACGUGCGCAGUGUGAUACUAACGCGCGACAAGACGUCGCAAAAGCAAGCGAAGGACGAAGCGCUCGCGGUGCAAAACCAACUCGCACAAGUCGCCCUCGGGCGCCUCGAGGCCGCCAAGUGGGAGCGCAAGAUGAACUACUACACGGACGAGUAUUACUACCAGCACACGAUCACGGGCGAGCAAACGGCGCUGCCGCCACCGUUCUGGGACGACGUCCAGCAGAGUACAGCGCGGCGGGCUUCCUCCUUCCUGCCGCCGCUCGUGGCGAGUUCACCGCCCUCCUGAUGGACUUGGUCGUUCGAAACGUCCGUAUCUUGGCAACUUUUGUCAUCCAAUUCUCGACCAAAAUGCCUCGCCCGAUCUAAUGACAUGGCGCGUUCUCACCUCC